AUGGCGACGGGCCCGGCUGUGGUGGCGGCGGCGGGGCCGGGCCGCUCUCCCCCAUUGCCCUGCCGGGCUGUGCUCCCCACCCUGCCCUGCCGCCGCUCGCCCACACCGCGAAAGUCAGGCCGUGAGUCCGGCGCUGACGCGGGGGCUGCGGGAAUGGAAGCGGCCGCCGCAGAGCGGGACGGCGGCGGAGGGGAGGUCACAGCGCCAGAGGCGCCGCCGGGCGAUGGCGCGGCCGGAGCUGCCCCCACAGAGCGUGAGGGCAGAGCUGGCAGCGCAGUGUACGGACUGCAAGUGCAACUAGAAGGUCCAGAGCAAGGUUCUGAAGAGAGAAAUACUGAAAUUGCAGUUAAUCAGUGUAAAGACAGCGUGAAGGAGUGCAGCUCUGCAGACACCGUCCAAGGAGUGCCAAAGGAUGUUAAAACUCAAGAGAAAGCUGUCAACUGCAUGUCCAGAGCAGGCCAACAGAAUGAACAAAAACCAGGCGUUGAUCAUGAGUCUGUAACCAGCUCAUCCCGUCAAAGGACAGCUGAGAAGAAGGGCUCUGUGAGAAUGACAAAAAAGACUCUGCUGGACAUCUGUAAACAGCAGAAAUUAUACUGGACCCCCUACUUAAAUGAUACACUUUAUUUGCAUUAUAAAGGAUUUGACCGCCUGGAGAACCUCGAGGAGUACACGGGCCUCAAGUGUUUGUGGCUGCAGUGCAAUGGCUUGAGGAAAAUCGAGAACCUGCAGGCUCAGACAGAGCUGCGCUGCCUCUACCUGCAACUCAAUCUAAUUGAGAAAAUCGAAAACCUUGAGCCCUUGCAAAAGCUGGACUCCCUCAACAUCAGUAACAACUACAUUAAGACCAUUGAGAAUCUCUCUUGUCUGAAGGUGCUGCAGACUCUGCAGAUUGCUCACAAUAAGCUGAGGACGGUGGAGGACAUCCAGCACUUGCAAGAGUGCCCCAGCAUUUCUGUCCUUGAUCUUUCCCAUAACGGCCUAAGUGACCCAAGUAUUGUAACUGUUCUGGAGACCAUGCCUAAUUUGCAUGUGCUGAAUUUGAUGGGAAACGAGGUGAUAAGGAAAAUUGCUAAUUAUAGAAAAACACUUAUUGUUCGACUAAAACAACUCACAUAUCUGGAUGACAGACCAGUUUUCCCAAAGGACAGAGCCUGUGCAGAAGCCUGGGCUGUUGGAGGGCUUGAAGCUGAGAAAGCAGAAAGGGAAAAAUGGGAAACCAGAGAGAGAAAAAAAAUCCAAGAUAGCAUCGAUGCAUUAGCAGCCAUCAGGCAAAAAGCAGAGGAAAAUAAAAGGCAAAAGUGCAUGGAAGAAAGAGAUAUAAGUGCAAGGUGUGGAAAUGGAGAUGCAACAGAUGCCCUGGAAGGAGCACCUGAAAAUUCAGAAGAUGGUGAUGGAAAUUCUAAAACAUCAAAGCCUUCAAAUGUAUCAGAAGAGGAAGAAGCUCAAGAGAAGACUGAGAAAUUUAAAAAUGAAGGUUUUGAUGGUAGUGAUGAAGUGAUAACACUUCUACCAAAUAGGGAAGAUAACAGAGAUUUCACAUCUGGAAAUAUUCCUGCUGGAGUUCAAGAGGAUCUGCAGGAACCUGACUUUUACAAAUGUGCAGAUCUCAACCAGGAGACAGAUGAUCUCCCAAGAAAGAAGGCCGUGCCUCCUGCAGGGGAUGAACCUGCUGAAAGCGAGCAGUCCCAGGUGGAGACACUGGAGGAACUUUACCUUGAUGAACUGCCUGAUUUAGAAGAUGUAGAUGUAACCGAAUUUCCCCCAGAAGAGGAGAUCUUUGUUCAGAAGCAGGACUAUCACCCAAAGAUUGAAAUCAUUUCUGAAGUGACAAAUGACAGCGAUUCUGCAUUAGAGGAAAACAAUAAAAGCAUGUUUGAGAAAUCACUAGAAGAAGUUCCAACAGCAAUUUUUUCAAAUGUGUGUAAGAGCCAUAAAGAGAAUGAAGAGGAGGAGCACUUAAGACCCCUUCUUGAAAGCUUCUUUACAGAGCCUGCUAAUUCAGAAAGGCACCUGGAGAUCAAAGAUAAAAAAGGAACCCCCUUGAAACCCCUGAUACAAGAGGUGGUCACUGGGCCCAAGGACCAUCUGCUGUUGUCACCAGUCUGCCAUCAACCAGAUGACCCAAGCCCAUGGGAAGAGGAUGGGAAUGGCAGUGAUGGCGAAGCACAGGGCCUGGCUGAGGGUGAAGGAUGUCCCCACGAAGCACCAGCUGCCAAGGACACUGAGGGUGGAUUGGAUUAAUCCCUUUGGAAAAAAAGAUGGACCACAUCUGGAGCCCAGCACGUGGCUGACUGCAGGGAGCACCCCAAAGUGUGGAGCCCAGCAGUGGGACCAUCAGAACUGACACCACCCAGAGAUACAAAACCCCCCCCGGCUCCUGGGGCAGGAGGCUGCUCACUGCUGUGCAAACCACUGCUCUGAGGGUAAAUCCCAGGCUCCUGUUCUUGUGCCUUUGCAUCCUUCUAGGAAUUACUUAGUUAAAUGUUAAUGUCUCAGGUUUCAGUACAGAUGUAGUUUCAAAGCAAAAUGUUACGACUAUCUGUGAUUUGAACUAAAUAAAGAUUCUGCUUGUAACCACACCCUGUGAGAGGUGGCCUCAUCGUCAAGGGCUGACAAUGUUUUUGUGACACAACAACCACCACAA